AUGGGAUUUUCAUUUGGAUUCACUGAAGAGGAACUUAAUAAUAAAGAACCUCACGAAGAACAACAUGUAAAAUUGGCUAAAUCAAAUCCUUUGGACGAAACUAACGUCCAGUGUGAGCCAAAAGUAACAUAUUUGAAGGAUCUGCUAGAAGGACUAAUUGGAAACCGAAUAACUUUUGAAAGACUUGAGUUAGGUACAACACAAAAUGAACAUAUAUAUAAGCGGGAGUUGUUUGACGUCAAGCAACAACUUAUGAUGGAGGAUGAUUUCAAGUCUAGGACGAACGAUGAUCUAUUUAAAAUACUGAUUGGAGAUACAUAUGAAGACUUGAAGCAUGGAGUUUAUGAAGGUGGGUUAAAAAGUUGGGAAUGUUCGUACGAUUUGAUUAGAAAAUUGGAUACGAUGGAUUUAGAAAAGCAAGGCCUAACACUGGACAGCUCAUUUAACUGCAUUGAAUUGGGAUGCGGAACAUCACUACCAUCUCUCUAUAUUUUUGAUAAGAUCGUUAGAUAUAGGAGGCAAAAGGAAUUACAGUGCCAACCAGUAAGAUUUAUACUUUCUGACUACAACAUCGAAGUUCUCCGUUUAGUUAGCCUCCCGAAUAUUUUAGUGAACUGGUGUAUGGAUGUAUUAACAUUGGAUGAACUUCGAGAGAUACAAGGGGAUAAGCAAAGGUCAUCUACAGAGAAGAAUGAUAUUUACGUUAGCAGGGAGCUGGCACAAAAGUUUACAAGUUGGUUGGCAUCAUCCAAAAUAGAUCUUUGCUUUGUAUCCGGUUCAUGGUGCAGAAAAUUUGUUGAUAUUAUUCACGGACUUCUUCCGCAAAUGCCCGACCAAAAGAAUCUUAUUCUUACGAGUGAAACGAUAUAUUCACCUCCAAUACUGCCCAUAGUGGGUGAAAUGCUUUUAGAGUUGACUUACAAUGAAAUGCCUCUCACUAUACUUACUGCCAAAGAUAUUUAUUUUGGGGUUGGAGGAUCAGUGAAUCAAUUCUUACAGUUCUUGGAGGAGAGAAACCAAGCACAGCCGGGUAAAAGCAGAUUCUACUGGAAUAUCGAAAAGGUGGAUAGCCACUUGAAGAGAAGCAUAAUUACAAUUGGAAGAAGAUUGUGUCCAUAG